GUGGUGAUUGCUCAAAAAGUAACCUAUGAUGCAGAAUCGGGCGUAAGCAUCAGACUCAGUGGGAAGAAUACUUGGGCAAAUCAGGUUUCUAACAGUUUUCCAGAUUUGAUUGUAUUUGUAACCUCAUCAUCUUCUGUUCGAAUGCUGAUAGCUACUCAUACUAAGUUUGUUGCUCUUGAUAGCAAGUACUUGCGCCUGAACCAAACUGUCAAAACAGUCAGCGGCACUGCCACCAGACACACAAUGGUCGCACAGCCAACUGCCAGAGCAGCACGAAGAUGGUGUGGUUUGCACUUACAGGAAUGUGCCUGAGGUGGUAACCUAACCUAGUGUCAGGUUGAUUGUGUACACUCGUGGAUUUUUCCCAUGAUUAUUUAGCCUAUAUACUUUUUCAAUUUACGGAGCCAAAUUUUAUUAGAAGACACAAGCCACUAACAGAAUGUUGUCUAU